AUGAAUUCGAAUCCUCUUAUAAUAAGUAAUAACAUUAACGCACAAAAAGGUUGUUCAGGAUGUGAUAAACUUCUUUCCCUGAGUUCAUUUAUAACGAAUCAAAAAACUUUCAGCACCUGUAAUACAUGUCGUGGCCAAAACAAAGUAAUUAAACAGCAAAAAAAAAUUCAAAACCAAGAUGAAAAACCUGAUAGUGAAUCGAUAAUAGAGUUGGGCGAUUUUGACGAACAUUUAAUGCAAAUAUUUGAUUCAUAUAAAUGUAGAAAUGAUAACCAAGAAAAUAAUAAUCCAUCGCAAUUUGAAUUCUCUUGUACUGUAAAUAUUUCUACAUUGGAAGGAAAUUCUAAAGAGCAGGCCGAUUAUAUUAUUGAUGUAAUAUCUAAGAUUGAUGAUUAUAUGUGGAUAUAUCAUAAUAAAUAUAGUUCGAAAAAGUCAAAGUCAAUUACUUAUACUUAUUACUGUUCUCAACGUGAUUGCUUGGCUGAAAAGCCAAAAAAACAUAAUGAUAUUAAUAAGCAUCGUAAUAGACAACAAAUGGAACGUUUUUCCUGUAAAGGAUGCAUUAAAAUUAUUAUUUCUCAAGAUCUUACAUUCUCCACUAUAGAAAUGUAUCAUUCUUUACAUAUUUUACGAUUAGAUAAUUCAAUUUCGCCAGAAAUAAAACAAUUUAUUUUAAGCAAUAUUGAUUUACUUCCUCGUGAAAUUUAUAAACGAUUAGUUGCACAAAGCUUAAAUAUCAAUAUAUAUCAAAAGCAGAUACAUUACUGGUGGACAGAAAUCGGAAAAGAAAGAUUUAAACGUGAUGAUGAUUCUUUUUUUUCUGCGCAAAAAUGGUUAAGAGAAAAAUCACAUCAAAUUAUCCUUCAAAGAGAUAUACCACUAGCUAUUGGAUUCUUAACAACAUUAUGGAAUACAAUCAGAAGUUCUAAUUUUCAAAUUGAUGAGAUUGGAGUUGACGCUACAU